GAGGAAGAGGAGGAGGCGAGGAGCCCGCGAGGUGGCACUCGGGGAGCAGCGGCGCAGGCCGGGAGCGGGGCCGGAGCAGCGCCGCCGAGGGAUUUGCUGAGGCAGCUUUGGAAAAGCGAAACCCGAGGCCUGCAGCAGGGCGGUAUGACCAGACAAUUUGCCUGAUGCUGUCAAAUUCCAGUUCCUAGCUCUGUUCAUCCAAACAGCUUCCUGAUGAAAGCUAAGAAAACACUCCCAAUGUGGAAACAGACACCGACAUACAGAGUGAAUCAUCUUCCAGGCAUGAGCAUUAUGGGUGUGCUACAGGAGCACGUUGCAGACAAACAAGAUGAGCUGACUAUUCACAAAACCACCUAACAUAAGUGCAUUCCUGAGGGUGCAUGAGCUUGUCCUGUGAACAGCAAGAAAAGGAAGAGUCCUACCAACAGACCUCUCCCAUGGACUCUGUAAGAACCUCGGGGACCCCAACCACGCUUCAGUUAGUGCCUGAAGCCCUCUGAUGACUAAAACCAACAGGGAUGUUCCUACAAUAAGGAAUUGAUAAUAAUCCGACAUUUAACACUCAACAUUAACAUAUUUAUGCUGUAAGGGAAGAGCUCUAGUGCAGCAAGUAGUGCUACAGCAAGAGCAGACCUCCUACCUGGAGAGUUCGGCACUGGUGUGACAGUUAUGCCAUGGCACACAACUCUGGAAACGUGGAGUUCCAAGGAAAGGAAGAGGGCUAGGUAUGCUCUUCUUUCAAAUUCGCCUAGCACAAGAAACACGUUUGCCUGUGGUUACAUGUAUUUUAACAUCACCUUUUCACUCCUAAUUCAAUUUGCCCUGAGGAGCUCUGACAGAGUCUGGCUAACAGAUGUUGAGUUCUCCUGUCAAUCCAAGGUAAAAGGCUUUUGCGACGCAGCGCGAGAUGACACGUUCCUCGCUGUGGUUCUAAUGCCAACAGCUAAGAGGAGAAUGAAACGACUUAACGAGGUCAUGCAGAAAGCCAGUGCAAGAGAGAAGCAGGACACUUUUCCUGCCUUUCUGUCCCAUGCUCUCUCUAAUCAAAGCACUGCGUUCAGUACACCAUUUCAUACCAGAUAAUUCUUUUGGAUCUGUCACUGUCCAACAAGGCUGCGUUUCGAACGCAGAGAAAUUGCUUUUUAACAAAUUAAGUACUAAUUCGGUAAUAAUGGUAGUGCCGUUCUCUCUGGCCAUCACGGUGAACAAAGCUGCAGUCUCUUAACGCCAUGGGAUCUGCUUCUGGACAGGAUUUGCUCAGUGAUAUCAGCUGUUGUAAAGUGUCUUGGCCACGAAGUUAAUCGUUAACUCAGGUCACCACCUCUUAAAAACAUCUCAUUGUAAGAGCACAACACGCUUAAAGCUGUCAUUCGAUCAUGCAUACAACAGGAAUAAAGGAGCACAUAAAAGGAGCCAGAAACUCCGCAAACCCUUCAGCUAAGGGAAGACAAACUGCACCGAGGUUUAUCUCCAUGGAGAAAUCCACGGACAAGCCAAGCAGCGAAAACAGAUCGACAGCUUCUGGAGUACCACAGGCUGAGAAGACUAGUCCUGCGCCCUUUGCAGAAGGUGCUGCAGAAAUGAGCGGAGCAGGCCCCCUCACAGAAAAUGCUGCCGACGCGAAGGGACUGGUAUUUGCUGAAGAACAUCUUAAAGAGACGGAGAGAUCUCCGGACAUACAGCCAGAUGGUCCUGAUACCUUUAAGCCAGCAUUUUUGGAAAGUGACUAUCCAAACCCAAAGCCGCUUGUUAUGGUAAUAAACUCAAGCUCUCCUGAAGUGUACAGUCCCGAAACGAGCUACCAGCCUUCACCCACAUCAUCUAUUGCAGACAUGGACUGCCUGGUCUGCUUCAACAAGUACAACGUGUACAGAGUCCCAAAGCUCCUCGACUGCCAGCAUGCUUUCUGCGCAGUUUGCCUCAAGCUUAUCCUCAGGAAAGAAGGUGACACCUGGAUAAUCACCUGCCCCCUGUGCAGAAAAAACACGUCUGUGUCAGGAGGAUUUAUCCGCACGCUUCCAAAUAAAGAAGAAAUCAUGGACCACUUGGAACAUCCUGACGCGGCUCUUGAGGUACACAUCUCUCCCCUGGGGCUGGACAGCAGCGGCUGGGCUCAGAGCAGCCAAGACGUUUUAUACAGAGACCAAAAUGUUCCAGCAGACAACAGGCUGGCUAUCCAGAGACUUGUGCUGCUCCUGCUGCUUUUGGUGAUUCUCACUAUCCUCAUCCUCCCGUUUAUAUACUCGGGGACGAUAAAAUGGGUAAUUUGUCUCAUGCUUACUUUGGGGUUGGUCAUGUCUAUGGUGCUCUGCUGCACUCCUAAAUGCUACUGGAGCUGUAAUGGAAACUCACUCACAGCCUGCCACAAAGAGACCCACGUCGCUGCUAUUGCCUGAAACAGCAUGAGCUGCCUCGAGAUAAUGACUGGUUCCACCUGCACAGCCGAGUAUCAGAAGCACUAGUCAGUUGCUGGACUUUGAAAGCAAACAUUCACAUCAGAACCUCAAAGUGUCUAACUUAUCCCACUAAGCCUCAAAGGCAAUGCAGUGGUGUUUAAUUUUAUCACUGAAAACGGUAAAAUACUUGUAUGCUGAUAUUUGUAAGAUAAAAUUGUAAGCCUUCUUCGCAGUUUUUUAUCCCAGAUGAAUAGUUGUUGUUUUGCUCUCAUCAUUUUAGUCCUGCUCGCAUCCUCUCUCCAAUUACUACUGCAGAACAUUAGCUGAAACGUGUGACAUUUGUAUCCUGUGAAAAUCUGUAGCUGUUACUGUGUUUUCCCACUCCUAACACAGGUAUACCUUUUCUUGUGACAACGUGGGGAAUUAGACUGCUAAGUCUGGGGCUGGAUGCCUAGCCUUAAUGGAGGAGGGUAGUUUAAACACAGUUUAUUGCAUUAAUCUGGAUCCCUGACCAGAAGGUUUUUAGCAGGGGUGGGAAUGGGAAAAGGGAACAUCAGUUGACAUCAUCUCAAGUUGUACUUGAAACUGGAGAGGAAGAGGCAAAAUCAGCAUUUCUAAUCGUAAGCUCACAACUUGCAAAGUGCAAAGCUCUGAAAAGCUGAUGACAUUCUGAGUUCCCUGUGUUAUUUAGCACAAAAAUAGUUUCUCUCAGCUGAACUCCUUUACCUGGCUACCUGUACCACCUCUUUUCUUGCUCUCUUCACAUUACGUGCGACAUUGCCCUUUGGAGAUGCCCACAAAUUCUCCUUCCACAGAUAAAAAGGAAUCUGUCAAUUAUUCUGCUAUACCACACACGAUUUUUUUUAUAUGGAACGCGUCCAUUAAAGUUGAAUAAUGC